AUGCUGGAACGUGUUCGCAGCAAGACCGUUCACCACAAGCGGCUCUCCGGGUUGUUGACAAAGUCGACGAUGGCCGUCAGCGGUAUCCACAAGAAUUUUGACUUAAAAAUAAUGACAAACGUGCAAGAGAUUCAGCAGGAGAACGGGUGUGACGAAGAAACCGCCUUGAUGUGCUAUGGAUAUAGCACAAAAGCUCUCCAAUGUAUUUUCCAAAGGCUGCUGACGUUCAUGUCCAAAUAUAAAAUGUGGCCGCAAUCACUGGUCAUAACGCUUGUUCAUACCCGUCAAGAGCUGACGGAAAAGUUCGGCGAGGACACAGAGACGCAAAGUCAAAUUCUUAAAAUAAUUGGGAGAAUCCUUAUCCACGAGUACGUAAGUCCUAUGUUUAAGGAUCAGCGAGAGAUGGAUGAGGAGUACUUGAACCAGUCAGAAGAUCCGCUCUCGGCUAAUGACAGGGCCAACUUAAAGUUGAUCUCGAAGUAUUUAGAGAUGGCCGCGGAAGGCUGUGGUGCCUUUCCAGACAACAACACUACGGAAGAAGUGUUAAAAGAGAUCCUGUGGGACACAUGGGUGUCCUUACGAGAUCUCUUUGAUGAGAUCUCGAGGCCUAGAGCUGUAGACGAAAGGCAUAUUACCUUAGACAGUGCCAUGAUGCCCCAGAAGUUAUGGAUGACACCCAGCAACUUAUGCACGGCACAGGAGCUUCUGCUCAGACAUCUGGUCAACAUGGGAUUAGCGGAAAAUGAUCCGUUGAAGUCGACACUGACAGCUCUCCCAGAUAUUAAUACGAUACGAUGCGAAGAGAACCGAAAGAGCUUGUGGUUUACUACCAUAUAUGAACUUGGUUUGUUGCCUACUCCGAAUGCCCAGAGCUCCGGUUGCAUGACACCAGCAGCCCAAAUGGUAUUCAGCCAGGUCAAGGCACAAAUGGUGACACUGUUAGCCAACUCGUCCGUGGACACAGUGCGAGAUCUAGUGUCGAUGCCCAUUACACCGCAGAUGGAAGAACGGUUUCAUCAGGAGUCAUUACAUGCAAGUGACCCCGUGUUUGUAUUUAGCCGCAAUAGCUGGCAAACCUUGUCGAACGAUAGUGAUCCUGACUCUGUGAUGUCGUCCACUACUAGUGGAGAGAAAUCGAAAGGUUCUACCAGAGGUUCGGUAGAGUCUGCAGUUGAGGAGGAUACGACUAUUGCAGGGAAGACGCUAUUGGAGAUUCAGGAGAGUUUGCGGAAUGGGCUCACUCAGCUGCAUAGCGCAGGCUGUUUCGGCACAGGUGAAGAAUAUCAGAUGUUGGUCGACGAGCUUGCAAAGGACAUACUUUCGAUGCCGUUGAAGCGAGAACGGAUCGAAGAUAUGCAGUUUUCGCUAAGGGAGGUGAAAGCAAAGAUGGAUGCCCUCCGAAUAGAAAAGCGGCAACUUGCAGUGUACAGCACAAAUUCGUCGUCGGAACAGUGUGUUGUUCCGAAAAAAAAGAAAAAGUCAUUGAUGUCUAAGAGUGCGAAGCACCCGUACGGUUAUAUAAAAAUGUCUGCUAGUAAUCUUAUCGACAUGGGGAUCAUUACGCACAUCAGUGGUUUGGGAAGCAUGCCCAAGUCCAAACGCCUGAAGUGCAAAAUAUACUCCGAUGAGAUGGGAGUAUAUGUGUUCAAACUCAGCUGGCUUCCCAAGGGGUUCCAGUACAAGAAAACAGGCGUUGAAGUGCGGAUGGAGGACUUGCUGCGGAGUUGCAUCGACAGCACAAGAAUGGAAGCCUCCAGCGGUCCCAUUCGAUACCGCACCGAUCUGAUGUUGCAGUUCUUGAAAGCCGAAUUUUUAACCCACACAGAUCGAGAAUCGAACCAAUAA